CAUGUACGGCACUGGCUGGCCUUGGUGGGGACUUGGGCACAGGGCAGGAUGCUGCGAGGGUGCUGCAAAGGGCACCGAAUGCCAGGGGGCUCGGGAUGGGAUCCUGUUGCAUUGAGCUCACCCCUCCUAGGAAAGCAAGUUAUUUUUUGAUCCGCUCCCGAACGCUGAAGUCCUGCACGAGAUGGACGGGAAUGCCAGCACCGAGGGCACAGAGGGCCAGCACAGGACUCCCCACUGGACGGCGGAAAAUAAGCAUGAGGAGAAGGUCCAGGAUCCUGACAGAGGGGAGGACGAGACCAAGGCAGAGAUGGGGAGCAAAACCUGGGCAGACCUGGCUGGGGAGAUGAAGAUGUUCCUGUGGAACCCGGAGGAGAAAACGUGCCUGGGGAGAACGGCCAAGAGCUGGGGCUUGAUCUUACUGUUUUACUUCAUUUUCUAUACGUGCCUGGCGGGAAUGUUUGCUUUUUGCAUGUACGUGAUGCUGCUCACCCUGAGCCCCUACACGCCCACGUACCGGGACCGAGUGUCUCCGCCAGGAGUAAUGAUCAGACCAUACUUGAAUGGGUUCACCAUUGCCUUCAACGUCUCUCAGCCCAGCACAUGGCAACCCUACGUGGACAGCAUGCACCACUUCCUCACAGCUUAUGAUGACAAAGUUCAAGAGGAGAAGAAUAUCGAGUGUGUCUCAGGACAGUACUUCAUCCAAGGGGGCAAUGAGAGUGAGGAGAAGAAGGCCUGCCAGUUCAAGCGCUCACUGCUGCAGAACUGCUCUGGCAUUGAGGACCCAUCGUUUGGCUACUCUACAGGCCAGCCCUGCAUCCUGCUGAAGAUGAACCGGAUCAUAGGCUACCGCCCUGGGGCUGGGGUCCCCGUGAGCGUGGACUGCAAAGUGCAGAAAGGCAAUGAGAGCGAUCUCAGAUCCGUGGACUUCUACCCUGGAAAUGGGACAUUUGAUCUCAUGUAUUAUCCCUACUACGGCAAGAUGACUCACGUCAACUAUACGUCCCCACUGGUGGCCAUGCACUUUACAGAUGUGAAGAAGAAUUAUUUGGUUCAUAUUCAGUGCAGUCUGAAUGGGAAAGGUAUUAUCAACAACAUUAACAGCGACCGCUUCCUGGGCCGGAUCAUCUUCACACUCAGCAUCGGAAAGUAGCCACCGCAAACACUGGGCACUUAGGUUAAGUCGAUCAGAGGCUUUUUCCUUUUUAAAGCAUAAAGCCAGCAUUUUUUCUGCUAGGAAAAACAGGCACAUGGAGAUUUUUGUUAAUUUAUUUUUUGUUCAUAGUUAGGAAACAAAUGAGAUGCAAUGGAGCUUGGAACCACCUUUUUCAUCAUCUGAUGUAAAUCAUUAUUAGUGAAAAUUAAGAGUUAUCUCCUGGGCAGAGAACCCACAAAAGCAUUUCAGUUUUGAUUAAAAAAACCCUCUGGUAUCUGAACACUAUUUUCAUAAGGUCUUUUACGAGUGACCCCUGUGGAAUGCAUUUUUCCUGACUUUAAAUUUUAAUAUUUAUGAUAGUUUUAUGUGCAUUUCUCAGGCAAAAGCUAACAAGAGGGUAGUUUAUUAGCACUAUUCUAGUUAAUAAACAGCAAAAAUUCUGGAUUAUGCCUGCAAUAACACAGUUAAAAAGUGAAAAAGGCAGAUCUCAAAAUGCCUCCUAGGAUCUUCAGCACCCAGAGCAUCUUGACCGCAGCAUUGUACACAGCUUGUUCAGCACACCCAAGGUGAAAGAAGAAAACCACAGGGAAACGCUUAGUCGUUUCAUCAUUAAGGGGUCAAGGCUGGUAUUAGUGAAGUCAUCAAUUUAUCAUCCUCAAAGACCUAUGAAGCACGCUCGCCUUUAUCAGAGCGGAGUGCUGCUAACCUGAGCAACAUCUGCUGUGCGGGCAGCCUGACCCUCCCGGGCCCGUGAGCAUGUAGCCUUCGGUUUUGACAGAGAUGAACUACACUCCACAUGUUAUGAGCUAGGAGAACACAGCAGGACAGGACACCUUAGGAUAACGUACUAGUUGGAAAUCACACUUACUAAAAUUACUGACUGAACAGGAGCAUUGUGGUACGUUUGUCCUACAUCCUAGUCCAGGUACUUAAUCUGCCGUCAUUUCCUGAUCUAUGUAAGUCUCUAAGAAGUAAUUUUUUGUAUUAAAAAUAAAGCAACUACUGUAAAAUUAA